UUGGCAUUCACGGCUACGCUGCUCCACAUCACUAGACGAUAGUCACCUGCUCUCUCUCUCUCUCUCUCACACACACACACACACACACACUCAGAGCUGCCCUGCUGCUUGAGAGUUGGGACUAUCUCUCAGAGUACUAAUCUAUCAAACAUGGACAUAGGCAGUACAAGUUUAGCUUUCUUCACAUUUGUACAUAAUUCCAGUUUAUUCCUCCAUUUCUGCAAAAAGUGUUUUACUUUUACCAACUUUCAUGGCAUGAACUUAUGAAUUCUCCAUCUUUAUUUCUUAAACUGCAAAUCUGCUUAGUUUAGCAUUGCUGAACAUAAUAACAUAAUCUCGAUUUCUAGUCUUUCCAAUUUCACCAAAUUACUGUUGUAGUUAAGCAUUUGUGAAUUUUAUUUUUAUUUCUUUGAUUGUCCGGAUAGGUGUUGCCUUGACAAACAAGUGUUGUGGUUGUCGAGCAACAAUUCUAGAAAAUUGGAUUGGAAAAACAUCCACCCACCUCCAUAUACUGUGAACACUUGGAAAUUAAAGUUGGGCUUUCAGAGGUUGAUAAAUUCUCAAGUGGUCACCAGGGAGCAUUCCCUGAAUCAUGUCUUGUGGAGAAGAUAUUCAAUUCCCACUAGAGUUGGAGGAAUCGUCGUCAGUACCAGCAGAAGCUCAUGGUAGCAAUGAUGAACUUAAAGAUUCAGGGCAGGAGCUUCUUGCUCAACCUUUAAGAAGUAAUGAGUUGAAGUCCCUACUCGCUGAUUCUGAAAGAACAAAGCUCAUUAAAAAACUAAGUGAAGCCAAUCAACAAAACCGAUUCCUGAAAAGACAGUUGCAUAUAAAGGAGGAUGCAUUAAUUAACUUCAAAAGCGAACUUGCUGUCAUGGAACUUUAUUCAGGCUUUGGUGAAAUUGGCAGAAGAAAACGCAAAAUCUGUCCUUCCAGUUGUUUCAAGAAAGAUUAAUGGAAAAUACAUUCAAUCUCAUCUUCUUUCCCGUUUAGAAGCUGUACAUGAGAAGUUGAAGGAACAAAUUAAAGAUGUUGAUGCUGCACAAUCAAAGGAGGUUUCCCUAUUUUGGUGUGGUAUGGCUGAGGUAAACAUAUAAUCCAUACUGUUUUAAUCCCUUUGUUCUCAUAUUGGAGUUUGGUAACAGGCAUUGACUUACUGAAAAUUGAUGAGAUGGGUCACUUCAUUACAAAAGAAAAGGGUUGAAGGAUGAUCAGGAUUUUAAGAAGGUUGUUUAUCAUAAUAACUCAGAAGGACUUUAAGAAGAAUUGAUAAGGAGAUUUUUAAGUUAAACAUAAAUGAUGGAGUUCUCUCCAGUCCAUGUAUUUUGAGUUACCUCAGAAUACAAGUUUGGACCUAUUCUUUAAAGGAUAAAGUUAUCAAAUGAAAGAACUUUCAAAGAUGAUGAUGGCAGACUCAAGGAUAAAGUUGUCAAGUGCUAAACCUUUCAAACGUAUAUACUGCUAUUCUUGUCACACAGAUCAAUAUGCCAUACUGGUUUCAAUGUAUUUAUUAAUAUUAGCUAGUUUAUGGUAAAAGGUCAAGUUUGUAAGACUUUGUUUCCGUAAUUUACCCAAAAGAGUGCGUUGAUCAUCAAACAAUGACCAAUUCACCAAAAGGUUGACCUUUUUAUCAAAAGUUGGUUCAGUAUGGCAUACUGAACCAUGACAGAAAGGCUUUGCUAAUUGUCUGUACAUCAUGUUAAAAUGUAAAGGCAAUUAGCAUCGUGUAAGAGCUGCACAGAAAGUGCUUAAUCUUAGUGGAUUGCUCUCAGUAUUUCAGAUGACUUCGUAUUU